CUAGUCGCCUUCUCUCCCCGCCGCUCCCCGGACCCCCCCGCCUUCCAGAACAUUCCACAUCUAGUAGGCUGCCGCCACCCCCACGCGCGCGCUCGUGACCGCCACCGUUCGCUGCGCUCGGGGUGCCAGGAGAAGAUCCCCCUCCUUGGUGGCGACCGCGAGGCUCUCCGGCGCCUUUGGCUCCCCCGCCCCCCUGGCGUGGCGCUUUGGUCCCCAGUUUGUCGGCUGUCUUUUCUGCCUGCGCUUGCAGGGUGGGGAAGAUGGGUGGGGUGCUCUUGCCAGGAUAACACCUUAUCCUGUUCCCCAUCCCCGUGCUAGAUCGAUGCGCUCUUGCGCGUGUGGGUGCAUCAUGUAUGUGUGUCCGGCGUGUUAGGGGCAGCUGCUUGUUCUUGUGCUUGGCUUAGAAGGGGGCUUGCUUACUGACACUGACCAACUGACCAUUCCAUUCCGGGCGCCAGAGUAGGGAUUCUAGUGUUGUUUCUUGGCUGGGAGGAGGGUAGGAUUUGGCUAUGGACCCGGUGCUGAACCCGGUGAAGGAGGAGAGCCAUGGGGAUGGUGGUUUGUUGCCGGGUGCAGCGGCUGGGGAUGGGCCAUCCGCUGCCGCGGCCGCGGCGCCGAAGCCGAUGGAGGGGCUGCACGACGCCGGGCCGCCGCCGUUCCUGACCAAGACCUACGACAUGGUCGAUGACGCGGCCACCGAUCCCAUCGUGUCAUGGAGCGCCACCAACAACAGCUUUGUGGUGUGGGAUCCCCACGCUUUCGCCACCGUGCUGCUGCCCAGGCACUUCAAGCACAACAACUUCUCCAGCUUCGUCAGGCAGCUCAACACCUACGGUUUCAGGAAGGUGGAUCCUGAUCGGUGGGAAUUUGCGAAUGAGGGGUUUUUACGGGGACAGGGGCACCUCCUGAAGAACAUUAGGCGUCGAAAACCUCCUGCUCAGAAUGCCUCAAACCAGCAGUCUCUUGGGUCAUACCUUGAGGUGGGACACUUUGGAUAUGAUGCUGAGAUUGACCGGCUGAAGAGGGACAAGCAAUUAUUGAUGGCAGAAGUGGUGAAGCUAAGGCAGGAGCAGCAGAACACAAAGACAAAUCUCAAAGCCAUGGAGGAUAGGCUACAAGGCACUGAGCAGAAGCAGCAGCAGAUGAUGGCGUUCUUGGCACGCGUCAUGCGGAACCCUGAAUUCUUGAAGCACCUGGUUUCCCAGAAUGAGAUGAGAAAGGAGCUCCAAGAUGCUAUUUCAAAGAAAAGAAGGCGCCGCAUUGAUCAGGGACCUGAAGUAGAUGACUUGGGAACCAGUAGCAGCCUAGAGCAAGGUUCACCAGUCCUAUUUGACCCCCAGGACUCGGUCGAAUUCCUUGUUGAUGGGAUUCCAACUGAUCUUGAGAGUACAGCUUUCAGUGGCGAAGGCCUGGUUGAGCCACAGGAUAUUGAUCUUGGUACCUCUGAGCAGCAGCAAGACAUGCCCCAGGAGGACUUGACUGACAACUUCUGGGAGCAAUUGCUGAAUGAAGGACUUGGCGAGGAGCAUGACAACCCUGUUGUCGAGGAUGAUAUGGAUGUGCUGUCUGAGAAGAUGGGCUAUCUCAACUCAGAUGGCUCGACAUCCAGGAAAUAGUUUUGUUUCAUUGCAUCACAUUGCCAUCACCUUUUGUAAUUUUCUCGUAUCCGUCCGCAGCUUUCUGAGUUCUAUCAGAAUUCAGAACGUGCAGUGAGUCGUGCUGUUGAUCCCUGCAUGUCUCGGUAGGUGGUGAUGGCAUACCUUGUUCUGUUGAUAUUCUAAUGUUAAAGGGUGUAGACUUGUAAAUGGGCUCAAAAUAUCUCACUGUAACAGCAGCUGCUAAUGUUCAAUCCUUAUUUCUCUGGUACCAUAACGUGUGCCAGUAGUACAUUCAGCCUGCCUGUUUAUUGUCCUUGUU